AUGAAAAUUUUAAUCUUGAAUUUGCUAUAUUUAAUAAUUCAAUGCUAACCAAAUGAGAGAUAAACUAGCGGAGAUCAUUACCAUUCAUCUGAAUCAAGCUUCUAUGAUGAAGGACACAAUAAUCAUAAUUCAAAUGAUGAUGGACGAGGUUUUUAAGAAUUUACAAUCUUUCUGAUUAUCGGAGUGCUCGCUCUUGCACUUCCAAAUUUAUAUUAAUCUUGGACGGAAGACUCUGCUGCUAUAAAUCGUAAUAAGAAUAAUUUAGAUGAAUUGAAUUAAAAAAUCAAUAGCCUUGCCUAAAAAUUGCAAGAAGGAAAUUUGGAAAUGUCCUUCACCUUUAACGAUGAGUGGAUCCAAUUACAAAUAGAGAAGGUUUCAGUGUAAUAAAAUGAAAACAUUUUGAAUUUCGAAAUGUACGGUUCAGAUUGUUAUGGAUCAUGGACUAAGUCUGGAGUUAUAAACAUUAAUAAAAACAGUCAAAUUGAAACAUCCUUUAAAAAAAUUUAUGCAAAUGCUAAGCUACAGAAGGGUGAUGAAUUGAUUUAUGAAGGAUAAUUUGAUGAAUAAAACCAAUCUAUCAAAGGACAUUGGUAAUAUGUUAGAAGUAAGGAAAGAGGAUAGUGGCUGUUAAGACUUAAAUGAUAAUGAAUUAUAAUAUUUCUUUUAGCAUAUUACU